GCACACACAACGACCUUCACCAACACCCGCACACGCUGUCCCAGGAUGAUCGAAGACGGCCACCAGAGGACCCCGACGAAUGCGGUCUUCCGCUUCACCACCGGCCCGACCAAUACCGCGCAAUCGACGAAGUCGGCGUUCGACGCCACCUGCCCAACCCAACAGCCGGUACGCCAACAGAGGAUGCAGGUGGACGACGAUGAUGAGGAAAACUUCAGCUCACCCCCGGUUAAGCGCAAGAACUCAACGAUGGCCGAGGACCACCUGCCGCCACCACCACUGCCGCCGACACAUGCGGCACGGUCUGCUGGGGCUGUGCCAUCGGCCGCUGCCUCGGGUCCGGCUCACGCGAGUGGCAGCGAUGAGGUUGCCAAGCACAUAAAAACUCCGCAUCGACGACGACAGCAGCAGCCGCAGCAGCAGGUCUCCGUGCAUGUUGGCGAGAUGAUGAGCGUCCCGCUAGCCGGCAAGUCGGUUCCAUUCCGAGUCGUGAAGAGGCGGAGCAAGGGUUUUAACAGCGUGGUGUUCGAGUGCCGCGAGGAGCAGGAGGAGGCGAUGGGGGAUGAAGCUGAUCGCCCUCGGCGAGUUGUCACGGUCAAGGUCUUGUCAGGGGGAGAAUCCGGCAUGGGAGCAUGCCUGCACGAAGUAGAAACCCUGGCGUUCCUCAAGGUGAAGCGGCAGGAGGCGGGCUUGACGCACGAGCGGUCGCGGUUCGCCGAGCUCGCCUCAUGGUUCUACCGCCGGUCAGCCGUUGGCGGGGUCGACCACGUGUGCCUCGUGUUUCGCGGGGGGGGGCUCUCGCUGCGGGAGGCUAUGUCGGCACGGUCGCCGCCGAUAGGUACGGCACAAAGCGGCGUCACCACCAGCAACAUGCCUUCGUCCGCACCUGCUUUGUUGGCGUGGAAGGCCCACGAGGUGGUUGAGGUUGCUCGCGGUCUUCUCGAGGGCAUCGCGUUCCUGCACUCGGUCGGAUUGGUCCACGCCGACAUCAAGCCAGAUAACGUCGCCCUCUACCCCCCGCCCCCUUCUAGUAGCUCACCGCCCCAGAACGCGACAACGGCGACGCCGCCAACCGCGGCAGCACAAGCUCCGUUCGACCUCCGUCUUAUCGACCUCGGCAACGCAGUGUUCGCCUCGGACACGGUGCCCGGAGUCACGGCGGGGACCCCGUCGUACCUCUCGCCCGAGGCCAGCGGCGGGCUUGCCUGGGGCCCGCCCGUCGACGUCUGGGCCGUCGGUUGCGUCCUGCACGAGAUCUUGACGGGCGGACGGGUAGGCGCCGCGGCCAGAUUUACCAUUGGCAACGAGGGCCGCGGCGGUGGCCGUAGUGGUGGUUGUGGCCCCUCUGGGCCUUUGGCGGGACUGUCAGCAGGGUCAGGGCCUGAACUGACGUGCGUAGUGGGUCUAGUGAAGCGCCUGCUGGCGGAGGAUGUGGGCGUGAGGCCCAGCGCCGAGGAGGCCCUGAAGGACGUGGUAUUCUCCGCACGGCCGUAAAGUGAAGGGACGUGGUGAGGGAGGUGUUUACAGACUGGGGUUGUGAUCUCAAAGACUCCACGACUGUGAGUAUCAAUUGUGGUGGCGUGUGUGUGCUGGUCUGCCGUUGCUGGGGCAUGGUGCUAAGAGAGACGUACCUCGGCAUCGCGAGCAUUCGAAACGAGGGACGGCGAGACACGUGGACAAUGAUAUGUCGGUCUCCUCGUCCUAGGGUUUGUAGUUCCUGUUGC